AUGGCAGAAGACAGUGCGAACACAACAGGCGCGACAAGCUCUGAGCCAUCGCACCUGGAGAUGAUGGCUUUCGUGGCGGGCCUUCGAGUCGACCGCAUCAUAGACGUAUACAUUGGCAAGAACACGGACGCCUGCCAAAUCCCAGAGUCGACGCUUAUCAACACGUCCCCCGUCUUUGUAAAAGCUCUGCAACAUCAGCAUCUCGGAGGCGACCCUCCAGACACACUUCGCUUCCCCGACGACAACGCUGGCUCUUGGAUCAUGCUGCUUUGGUGGAAGGCCAAGGGCAAUGUGCCAACUCCGCGCUGCAACUUUCGCACUGAGACAUUCGUUCAAGCCUGGAUCAUGGGCGACAAGUACGAUAUCAAGGAUUUCCAGGACGACCUGAUGCUGGAAAUCAUUGUCCACCUGGAGACGAACGUGCUAGAUCUCCGAACAGCAAAACUCGCGUUCGAAAACACUGUGCCAGGCUCACCCCUUCGCACUCUGAUGGCCGAAGAACUGGCGGAUCAGGUACGGCAGGAAGAUGGCGCCAAAGGAUUCCAGGAGAUCUUUUCCAUGUUCGAAGGCGUCGUUGGCUUCACGGCUGAGGUGGUGGAAGCACUGGACACUUACGAGAACUGUGGCAAGGACAAUCUGAAGAAGGAGAGGUCGAAGCAGCAUCUCGCAAGGUUCAUGGUGGGAGACGGGCCUCGUAGACGCAGCGUGCAAUAG